AGGCCUGUCAAUAAGACUAGCUUAGCUUGCCCGCGGCUGCAGACAUCGCCGUCAGUCCUUGCCGCCGCCAUGAAGCUGUGUGUCACCUUUCUGCUUCUCUUCGUGUUCGCGUCGGCGUGGGGCCAGUACAUGGAAGGAGUGGACGUGCCGCAGCAGGGCGACUACUCGGCCGGCGUGCAGGUGCCGCGCCAGGACUGUCCGUGCAGCACGACGCUGCAGUACGACCCCGUCUGCGGCACCGACGGCGUCACCUACCCCAACCCGCAGCGCCUCGACUGCGUCCGCCGCUGCGGAAAGAAUGUGGCGAUCCGCUUCCGUGGCGCCUGUUAGACGCUGCAAGCGCCUAUCGUCAGGAGGAAGAACGCACCGCUAGUUCCGCGGAGCGUCAGCGUUGAUACUUUUCAAAACCAGUGCUGCCAAUGCGUCUGUCAAAUGUAAUGUUUGAUGGAGAAUAAAUUGUUACUAGUGAUCGAA